UCUUAUAUCUAAGUUGGUAUCACAAAUACGUUGCUUAACAGUGUCAUUUAUCAAACGUAAAUUAUACAUUCUCAAGCUAACAUUCAUCAGAAAUCUAUUGAAUUCAAUCCGAUGCUGAUUUUUUUUUCAGUUUGUUAAAUUUGAGUUAUGGAGGACUUAAAAACGAUCACAGACUUUAUCCCGUUUGCCAUCAAACCACUUCACUUACAGGCCAUUGACAGAAUGAUGCGGAUUCCACACGUGGAAGACUGUGCGCUUCUGGAUUCGAAAAGUGGCGAGAUUGUUUCAGCAAACAAAGCUCUCGCGUUGCGGCUCUCAAAUUCUGAUGCAAAACAAUUAGUGGAUAUCUUUGCAGACCCCAACACUACAAGAGCUAGAGGCACUGUCCAGUUCCUGCAUCGCGAGUACGAAGUCAUCAGAGCCGACUCCUACUCUCUAUACUGCCAAACUGAAGCGAGUCACGGAUUGAUAGCUGUGAACGGUGAAAAAUACGUGACAGUGGUUUCAUAUAACUCCUCCAUGAUCGCCAGUAUUUCAGUCGAGGCUGCAGAACGAAUGGGUGAAUAUUUCGAAAAUGGAGGAGACGAAUUCAUGCCCGGAAAAAUAGACUCCUUGUGAACUCUAAAUUAAAUUUCAAAUCUACAUAGAGCUGAUGAAUAUAUGUACAAUUGAACAAUAUUUACAGUUUCUAUUAUUGAUGACAGCUUUCUUGUUUGCCUUGAAUAUUUUUAUCUUCUU